GUGGAAGCAUGCCCUUUGGAGUAAAAAUCUGCACAGACAGGUGUGAAAUCUGAUCCAAAUCAGUAUCUCAGGUUUGGGCUUUGGUCUCCUUAAUCCUUUUGUGUUCGAAGUUUGGUUUCUGUUGGGAUAAUAUGCUGGAAAUCUGCACUUUGAUUUUUGCUUGCAAACCAAAUAGUAUGCCUUUGUGAUCUGAUUCUUGAGCUUAAAUGGUAAAUAUUUGCAUGGUAAUGCGCAAAAUUCUGAUCCAAAACAGCAGUUUCAAACACCUAAAGGUUGCUUUGUUGUGAGUUUUCAGUUCCUUAAAGCCUGGGUGUUAAAAAAAGUAGUCUGAAAAUUGAGACAUGUGCAUUGUUUACAGCUGAUUUUUGGAUACUAAUGAAAAGUUUUGCAUUUUGAAAAGUUAUUUAAGCACUUUCAUUUUGUUUUUGAAAGUGCAAAAAGGGCACAAGAAUUUUUUUUAGGAACCUAACUUGAAGCUUGAAAUCUGCAUUUCUUUAAAUCUGAUUUUUAGUUCUUCAAAGCUAAAAAGACUUGGUCUUAGCCAUGUUUUUGCAGAUUUUAGGUCCAUCGAGCACUUUAAGGAGGGAAAAGUGAUGAGUUGAUGCUGCGUAUACUUUGUUUUUUUAGUUGCAUUCCCCUCUCCCCUUCUCUCUUUGCUAAGUCCGUGCUUGCUUAAUAUUGCCAUUUGCAUACUAUAUAGAUGCAUUGGGGACUAUGCACAUUUUAAGUGUGGGGGGGGGGGGGGGGGGGNUGCUCAUGCUUGUGUCAUUGCUUUUAAAAAAAAAACUUUUGGGGCAAAAUUUUUUCAAAAAAAAAUAGGUUUUGGGUCCAAAUAUUUUUCAUUCUUAGUUGCAUAUCUCCGUAUUUAGAGCAUUGUUUUCAAAAUUUGACCCAAAAACCUCAUUGUUUUUCUUGGGGCUUAAUUCUGAAAGAUGGCAAGUGUAUACUUUAUAAAUCCACAUUGAGUCUUAUGCUCUUUUCUUGGUAAAAUGGCCCUUAAAAUGUUUGAAAUCCUUCUAGGAAUCCCAUAGAAUUUUGUUUUCUAGAACUGGCCAUCCACAUAUUAUCUAGAUGCUGCCUAAUCAACCAUUGCGUGAUAUUAAAAUCUGAAGAAAAAAACCAGAGAGAAACCAGUUUUAGGAGCCUUUUAUUUUUAGAAAAUUGAGUGAUUUUUAUAUUUUUAGGCUUAUUGAUGAACCUUGCUACCGCUGCUAUUGAGCCGUUCAAAACCAUAGGACUCCCCUAGGAAACUUUUUUGUAGCAGCUUUAGAGCAUUUGUUAGAACCCAAAAAAUCCACACCUUAGUUUUCCAUCCUUAUAGGAUUUCUAGCUCACUUUGUUUUUAAAAUGUGAAUGAGCAUAAAGUCUUAAGUGUGGGGGUAUUAAGUUCACUUUGUUUCUUCUUGAUGAUGAUAAAAAGAAAUGAUAUAUUCUUUUUGGCCCUUGAACGAGGACGUUCAACUCUUAAGUGUGGGGGUAUUUGAUAAGUCGGGUUUGGGUUAGUAUUUUUUAUUCUUUUUUCGUUCUUUUUAAUCAUUUUUUUUGCAUGUUAUUAUUUUAAUAUAUUUUGUUUUCCCUAACCCAAGUUACCAGAUAUCCUAUUUUUGGAAUAAAGUGCAGCAAAAAGCCAAAUGGAAACUCAAGUUUAAAAAGAAGAUUGUGUUUGGGCCAAAACCCAAACCUUAAAAAAUUAGCAUCUCGGUCAAAGCCAUUCUCCCAUUUUUCCAACAAGCAAGCAAAACUCAGCCCCAAAUUUCAGCUCCUUCGUGGUCUUCAAACAACAUAAAUCAGCCCAGCAUCCACCCCAAUCAAGUAAAUUCGGCCCAGCAUCUCGGUCAACAGGGCACAACGCAGCAGCAAAGAAGCGGUGAAGUCGAAUUGCAACCAAGUCUCAGAUUGAAGCAAGAAAUCAGCGGUGAAUCAUUCAAAUCCUUUCAAAAUCGAUGUGUAACUGAACGACGACUUCAAUUCUCACAACAAAUGCUCUAACGUUCGGCCAUACCCUCCGCUUUUGACCAAGUAAGCAACGGUUUCUUCUACGCUACUCUCUCAAAUCAACAGGAAGAAAACCUCUGGUCUAUAAAUUGAGCACGGAAUUGCAGUUUCAAGGAGGGGAGAGACGAACCACAACAGCUCCAAUUUUCGAAAUUCUUCAUCUUCUUCUUUUAGGUUUGAGAGUAAAAACUGAUGUAGCAUUUGAGAUUUGAGAAUCAGGAAGCUGCUCGGAAAUGAAGCAGAGAGCUUCGAGGAUGAAGCUAAAGAAGAAUCGAAAAUAACAAAUUUGAGAUUGUAGAGAAAAAGGUGUUGUAGAAAAUGAAGUCUUUAUUGAUAAUAUGGUCACUUUCCAUUUUUCUUUCUAAAGUAUGGUAGUAAACUACAAGGUAUAAAUAUCACACGGUCGCUUGUAUCUUAGGGGAUUAUCGUCGGAAGAUAAGAGAAAGUUAUCAAUGAAUGCAAAGGCAAUCAACAUCCUUCAUUGCUCCCUCGGUCCCGAUGAAUUUGCAAGAGUGAGUACGUGCAAAACUGCCAAAGAAGUAUGGGAUCUAUUAGAAGCCACUCACGAAGGGGAUGUCUCGACAAAGCAAACAAUGAUUGCCCUUGGGAACGCCGAGUACGAAUCCUUCAAGAAAGGAACAUGUGAGACAAUCCAAGAUAUGAACAAGAGGUUCAAUGAGAUUGUCAACAAAUUGAAGGAAGAAAUGUGUGAAAAUCCCAAGCUUACCAACGCCUUCAAAGCUUCAAAAGACUCAUCUAGUGAAGAGUCAAGUGAAUCAAGUGAUGAUUCAAGCGACUCAAGCUCUACGGAAGAGUCGGAUGAUGAAGAAGACGAAGAGAAGACAAUGAGAAAUAAGUAUACGGAUUUCCUCAAAUGGAAGAAGUAUGUGAAGAGGAAACAAACGUAUAAAAAGCCAAAGAAAGAGCGACAUAAGCCAAGGUAAAUUCUUCUCACUUAUUGGGAUAAGAUAUUAUUUUGUUUGGUUUUAAUUAUUUUUCAAAAAUAAAACCUGAUCCCAUAUGUGCUUUUAUUUGUUUUAGCCUUGGUUUUGCAUGAUUAAAAUUUCUUAAAAUUC